AGAGAUUUAGUCAAAACGUAGACGACACGAAGAUCGAUCUCUCUCUCUCUCUCUCUCUCUCUCUCUCUGCGCAAAAGAGGAUUGGUUUCUACUUUCUAGGGCUCCGGUUCAUGGAGAAAAGCUCCGAUUUCAGCUCACGGGGCGGAAAUCGCAGCGAUUUUCUAACAGAAGGUUGAAAAAUUAGCUUGUUUCUUUAUUAAAAGGGUCCCAAGCUGUUAAGACUUAAAGCUCAGAAUACAGCACCGAGUUAUUACAACAUAUGGCUUCUGCGGGUACUGUGCCUCCUUCGACUGUUGGAAAAUCCAUUGGCAGUACAAUUUCUGUCGAUAAGUUGCCAGAGGAAAUUAAUGAGAUGAAGAUCAGGGAUGAUAAGGAAAUGGAAGCAACAGUUGUUGAUGGAAAUGGGACUGAGACGGGGCAUAUAAUUGUAACAACAAUUGGCGGUAGAAAUGGCCAACCCAAGCAGACUAUAAGUUACAUGGCGGAGCGUGUGGUUGGGCAUGGAUCAUUUGGAAUUGUAUUUCAGGCCAAGUGCAUAGAAACAGAAGAGACUGUAGCAAUCAAGAAGGUUUUGCAGGAUAAGAGGUAUAAGAACCGAGAGUUGCAAACAAUGCGCCUUCUUGAUCACCCCAAUGUUGUCUCUCUGAAGCACUGUUUCUUUUCAACGACGGAUAAAGAUGAGCUCUAUCUCAAUUUGGUUCUUGAAUAUGUACCUGAGACAGUUUACCGUGUGGCAAAACACUACAGCAGGGCAAAUCAGCGUAUGCCUCUAAUAUAUGUCAAACUAUAUACAUUUCAGAUCUGUAGAGCAUUGGCAUAUAUUCAUGGGGGCAUAGGUGUUUGCCACAGGGACAUUAAGCCACAGAAUCUACUGGUUAAUCCUCAUACACAUCAGCUCAAAUUAUGUGAUUUUGGAAGUGCAAAAGUGCUGGUCAAAGGCGAGCCGAAUAUAUCAUAUAUUUGCUCUCGUUAUUAUCGAGCACCUGAACUCAUAUUUGGGGCAACAGAAUACACAACGGCAAUUGACAUUUGGUCUGUGGGCUGUGUCCUAGCUGAAUUGCUUCUUGGACAGCCUCUCUUCCCUGGAGAGAGUGGAGUUGACCAACUUGUAGAGAUAAUCAAGGUUCUGGGUACACCUACUCGAGAAGAAAUCAAAUGUAUGAAUCCAAACUACACAGAGUUUAAAUUCCCUCAGAUCAAGGCUCAUCCAUGGCAUAAGAUAUUCCACAAGCGCAUGCCUCCAGAAGCAGUAGAUCUUGUCUCAAGACUUCUUCAGUACUCCCCAAAUCUUCGGUGCACUGCCUUAGAGGCCCUUAUCCAUCCAUUUUUUGAUGAGCUCCGUGACCCUAAUACACGGCUCCCUAACGGACGCCCCUUGCCUCCACUCUUCAACUUUAAACCCCAAGAGCUCAAAGGAGCGUCUCUGGAGCUCCUAGCAAGGCUGAUACCUGAGCAUGCUCGGAAGCAAUGCCCCUUUCUUGGUUUCUAGAUAGGCACAUCAUGUAAAGGUAUGCUUGGUGGUUGUGCAAGUGUAUCAUAUUUUCCUUCACGUAGUUUGAAGCAAUGCAGAACCCCGUUUGUUUUUCCUUGUUUUUGUUUCCUACCUGCAAACAGUGUAUGUGGAAGCUUCUGGUUUUAUCCUUAAUCCCAUGUUGUUAGUCUUCUGACUUUGAAAGGGAACUUAAGGGGGAGUUGUGUUCUAAUGUUUCCCUUCAUUGCUAUGAUCGUUGAACAAAUUGGAUCCCCCGUUCUCUUCUCAACUUGGACAUCUCAGGUAAACUUAUGUAGCUUCAUCCUUUUCUGUUGCUGUAUUUCCUCACUGUGUGCCUGUUGACUUGUUUUGUCCAAAUGAAGACCAUGGAAAACACAGGUACAUUUAUAAAUGCAUGCAUAUAUAUGAAGGAUCA